ACAGCCCUCUUUAAGUUCAGACACCAGAACUCUAUGAGAAUAUUUGGGUCACUGUAUUUUUGAAUUGUCUUAUGUUUUUCAGAUUUGUACCCUCAUAAUAUGCUUAGAACCAUGAUGGAUUCUCCUUCCAUUUUAUAAUGAAAAAAUUAAUAUUUAAUGAAGCAACUUGGCUAGCGAUCUGACUGGGGUCAGUGGAAAUUUGAGGCCAGAAAUCACAUCUUUUGAUUCAAUGAUGUUGUCCACUGGGCAUGUACUGACCAAUGUGGCAGGUCUGAGAACAUAGCUGAAGCUGAAAAUAGGAAAGCUGGGGCAAGGAAGAGCCUUGAAUCUUGAGGUGGGACGUUGACUCUAAGAUGUCCUUGAGCAGUGGAUCCUCCGGAGGGAAAGGAGUGGAUGCAAACCCGGUUGAGACAUACGACAGUGGGGAUGAAUGGGACAUUGGAGUAGGGAAUCUCAUCAUUGACCUGGACGCCGAUCUGGAAAAGGACCAGCAGAAACUGGAAAUGUCAGGCUCAAAGGAGGCGGGGAUACCGGCUCCCAAUGCUGUGGCCACACUACCAGACAACAUCAAGUUUGUGACCCCAGUGCCAGGUCCUCAAGGGAAGGAAGGCAAAUCAAAAUCCAAAAGGAAUAAGAGUGGCAAAGACACUAGCAAACCCACUCCAGGGACUUCCCUGUUCACGCCAAGUGACGGGGCCGCUAGCAAGAAAGAGGUGCAGGGACGCUCAGGAGACGGUGCCAAUGCAGGGGGCCUGGUUGCUGCUAUUGCUCCCAAGGGCUCAGAGAAGGCGACUAAGGCAUCCCGCAGUGUAGCCGGCUCCAAAAAGGAGAAGGAGAACAGCUCGUCUAAGAGCAAGAAGGAGAGAAGCGAAGGAGUGGGGACGUGUUCAGAAAAAGAUCCGGGGGUCCUCCAGCCAGUCCCCUUGGGAGCACGGGGUGGUCAGUACGAUGGAAGUGCAGGGGUGGACACAGGAACUGUUGAGCCACUUGGGAGUAUAGCUAUUGAACCUGGGGCUGCGCUCAAUCCUUUGGGAGCUAAGCCGGAGCCAGAGGAAGGGGAGAAUGAGUGUCGCCCGCUAAAGAAAGUCAAGUCUGAAAAGAUGGAGUCCCCUGUCUCCACGCCAGCAGUGCUGCCACUGCACCUUUUGGUGCCAGUGGUCAGUAAUGACAUCUCAUCCCCUUGUGAGCAGAUCAUGGUUCGUACCCGAUCAGUCGGAGUCAACACAUGUGAUGUGGCUCUAGCCACCGAGCCCGAGUGCCUGGGCCCCUGUGAACCUGGGACAAGCGUCAACCUCGAGGGCAUCGUGUGGCAAGAAACAGAAGACGGAAUGUUGGUGGUGAAUGUAACAUGGAGGAACAAGACAUAUGUAGGUACACUUCUUGACUGCACACGGCAUGAUUGGGCGCCGCCCAGGUUCUGUGACUCCCCAACCAGUGACUUGGAAAUGCGAAACGGCCGGGGGAGAGGCAAACGUGUGCGUCCCAACAGUAACACACCUGUCAGUGAGACAGCCACAGCCUCUGACAGCAAAGGGACCAGCAGCAGCAGCAAAACCCGAGCAGGAGCCAAUAGCAAAGGCCGUCGGGGCAGCCAGAAUUCUUCAGAGCAUCGCCCACCUGCCAGUAGCACCUCUGAGGAUGUCAAGGCCAGCCCCUCCUCAGCAAAUAAGCGGAAAAACAAACCCCUUUCAGACAUGGAGCUGAAUUCUAGCUCAGAGGACUCCAAAGGGAGCAAGCGUGUCCGUACGAAUUCCAUGGGCUCAGCAACUGGCCCCCUCCCUGGGACAAAGGUGGAACCCACUGUUCUAGACAGAAAUUGUCCCUCCCCGGUCUUGAUUGACUGUCCCCACCCAAACUGCAACAAAAAAUACAAGCACAUUAAUGGACUUAAGUACCACCAAGCUCAUGCCCAUACAGAUGAUGACAGCAAACCAGAAGCAGAUGGAGACAGUGAGUACGGAGAGGAGCCCAGCCUCCAUGCGGACCUCGGGAGCUGCAAUGGUGCAUCUGUCUCACAAAAAGGUUCCUUGUCCCCUGCCCGCUCAGCUACCCCCAAAGUUCGGCUCGUAGAGCCCCACAGCCCUUCUCCUUCAAGCAAAUUCAGCACAAAAGGCCUCUGUAAGAAAAAGUUGAGUGGAGAAGGGGACACAGACCUUGGAGCCUUAUCCAACGAUGGCUCUGAUGAUGGACCCUCAGUAAUGGAUGAAACAAGCAAUGAUGCCUUUGAUUCUUUGGAAAGGAAGUGUAUGGAAAAAGAAAAAUGUAAAAAAUCCUCUAGUUUGAAACCUGAAAAGAUUUCUUCCAAGAGCUUAAAGUCAGCCCGACCCAUUGCCCCUGCCAUCCCCCCACAGCAAAUCUACACCUUCCAGACAGCCACCUUCACAGCAGCCAGCCCAGGCUCCUCCUCAGGCCUGACCACCACAGUGGUUCAAGCCAUGCCCAACAGCCCCCAACUCAAGCCCAUUCAGCCCAAGCCCACCGUGAUGGGAGAACCUUUCACAGUCAACCCUGCCUUGACUCCAGCCAAGGACAAGAAAAAGAAAGACAAAAAAAAGAAGGAGUCUUCAAAGGAACUUGAAAGUCCUCUGACCCCUGGGAAGGUGUGUCGAGCAGAAGAAGGCAAAAGCCCAUUCAGGGAAUCAUCCGGAGAUGGGAUGAAGAUGGAGGGGCUCCUAAAUGGCUCAUCAGACCCCCACCAAAGCCGACUGGCUAGCAUCAAGGCUGAAGCCGACAAGAUCUACAGCUUCACGGACAAUGCCCCCAGCCCUUCCAUUGGAGGCAGUAGCCGCCUCGACAGCACUACCCCUACCCAGCCCAUGACUCCCUUACAUGUAGUGACCCAGAAUGGAGCUGAAGCCAGCUCGGUCAAAACCAGCAGCCCCGCCUACUCCGACAUCUCCGAUGCUGGGGAGGACGGGGAAGGCAAAGUGGACAGUGUCAAAUCCAAGGACCCCGAACAGCUGGUUAAGGAAGGUGCUAAGAAAACUCUCUUCCCCCCUCAACCACAGAGCAAAGACUCACCGUAUUACCAAGGCUUUGAGAGUUACUACUCGCCGAGUUACGCCCAGUCCAGCCCAGGGGCUCUGAACCCCAGCAGCCAGGCAGGAGUGGAGAGCCAGGCCCUGAAGACAAAAAAGGAUGAAGAGCCUGAGAGCAUAGAGGGGAAAGUGAAGAACGAUGUCUGUGAGGAGAAGAAGCCAGAGCUGAGCAACUCCAGCCAGCAGCCCUCAGUCAUCCAGCAGCGUCCCAACAUGUACAUGCAGUCCCUUUACUACAACCAGUACGCCUAUGUGCCCCCCUAUGGCUAUAGCGACCAGAGUUACCACACCCAUCUCCUGAGCACUAACACAGCUUACCGGCAGCAGUAUGAGGAGCAGCAGAAGCGGCAGAGCUUGGAGCAGCAGCAGCGGGGACUGGACAAGAAGGCGGAGUUGGGCAUGAAGGAGCGGGAGGCUGCUCUCAAGGAGGAAUGGAAGCAGAAGCCGUCGAUUCCCCCAACUCUCACCAAGGCCCCCAGCCUGACAGACCUGGUGAAGUCAGGACCCGGCAAGGCCAAGGAGCCAGGGGCUGACCCUGCCAAAUCAGUCAUCAUUCCCAAGUUAGAUGACUCUUCCAAACUCCCCAGCCAGGCCCCAGAAGCACUGAAAGUGAAGCUGAGUGAGGCCAGCCACCUGGGCAAGGAGGCUUCGGAAGCUAAGACAGGUGCUGAGUGUGGCCGACAGGCAGAGGUGGAUCCAAUACUCUGGUACCGACAGGAAGCAGAGCCACGGAUGUGGACAUAUGUUUACCCUGCCAAGUACUCAGACAUCAAGUCAGAAGAUGAGCGGUGGAAAGAGGAACGGGACCGCAAAUUGAAGGAGGAAAGGACUCGGAGUAAGGACUCUAUCCCCAAGGAGGACGGGAAGGAGAGCACAAGUAGUGACUGCAAGCUGCCCACGUCUGAGGAAUCCCGCCUUGGGAGCAAGGAGCCCCGACCAAGUGUCCAUGUGCCUGUGUCCUCCCCCCUCACCCAGCACCAGUCCUACAUCCCCUACAUGCACGGCUACUCCUACAGCCAGUCCUAUGACCCCAACCACCCCAGCUACCGGGGCAUGCCUGCUGUGAUGAUGCAGAACUACCCAGGUUCCUACCUGCCUUCCAGCUACUCUUUCUCCCCCUAUGGCAGCAAGGUCUCAGGGGGUGAAGAUGCCGACAAGGCCCGAGCCAGCCCCAGUGUCAGUUGUAAGUCCAGCUCCGAGUCCAAAGCCCUGGACAUCUUGCAGCAGCAUGCCAGUCACUACAAGAGCAAGUCUCCCACGAUAAGUGAUAAAACUUCUCAGGAGAGAGAGCGGGGAGGCUGUGGGGUGGUUGGGGGUGGUGGCAGCUGCGGUGGCGCUGGGGGAGCAGGAAGCGGAGACAGGAGCGUAGACCGGCCCCGCACGUCCCCCUCCCAGCGCCUCAUGUCCACACACCACCACCACCACCACCUGGGCUACUCACUGCUCCCAGCACAGUACAACCUACCCUAUGCAGCAGGGCUUUCUUCUACAGCCAUUGUUGCCAGCCAGCAAGGCUCAACUCCCUCACUCUACCCACCCCCCCGGAGGUGAGAAUGAACACCAAGUGCCCGGAUAACGUCAGCUUCACGGGCCCGGACUGGCUCACCCAAGGAGGUGCUGGAGGUGGCAUUUAGACAUCAGUUAAAUGGUGUUGAUCAUCCUGUUUGCCGUGUUCCCACCAUGACCGAAGGCAGACCCUUGGCUAUCUCGCCUCCACCAGACCCCUGGACUCCCCGACCCUCCCACUUCCUCAGGAGCUGGAGAGCUGGUACUUAGCAAAAAUAUUUAUUCUCUUGGCCACGGUUGUGACUGUUGUGGCCUCUGUGGAGAUGAAGGCCCAGGGAGCAACCAAAGGGACGUGGCCUCAGCCCAGAGAAGUCACUGCUCUGUUCCCCAAGCCCCUGGUCAGCUGCCGGAGAAGUACCAACCCCUACCCGCGCCCCCUUUUCCAGGGAGGGACCCCCAAGCACUGGGUAAGGUCUGAAGACAGCACAACAGCCAUACCCCUCUCCCCGUCAUUACCACCAUCACCAGAUCCUGCAUCUCCCCAGUGGUUUGGGCCCUGGGAACUGACAGCACGUGGAGGAAUUAGAAUCUCAGGAAAGAAAUUGGGGGCGGUUUUCUCUGUAAUUGUGAAAACAAGGUCUUCAGACAUGAAGACACCUCCCCUCUCACAUGAGCACAUAUAAAUGCUCGGAGCCCAGCCUGGAGAGCAAGACCCAGGUGUUUGCCCACCGUGGCCUUGGGCUACCCGUCAGGCAGAGGGCCAGGAGUCCCCACACUAGUACAGGGCUCCCCAGGGAUACUGGGAGUAAGCUGGAGCUGGAGCAUGAAUGGAGCCUGUGAACAGAGCCUUCAUUCCCACUAAGUCCUGCUGCUUCUUAGCCCCAACCCCUUGCCCUUUUCUCUCUCUCCUCCUCACCCCUCGGUGCCUUUCCCAGGGGAGUCCCCAUGCUGAUCUCGCCUCUUCUUUUCCACUGCUUGGCUCUUAAGACUCAGGCAGGUAAAAUAGUAUUCCCCAGCAUCAGGAGCUUCCAAGCCUGCCAGGUCAGCUGAGGCCCAGGCCCAGGCUCAGGAAGCAGGCACACCCAGCAGUUCUUAGAGAUGUCCUGUCCAUUCAGCCAUCUGUAUCCUCCUCAUUUAGGGCCACAAAUAUAUACAGCCUAGUUCUUCUGUAUACAAGUACAUGAUUUUACAUAGCUCGAUCUAGAACCCCGUGUGUGCCAAUACAAGCCGUUUUGUUUUAGGGGCCACUGACCAUGGCAGAUUAUGUGUUCCUUAGGCCCUGGGAUGACACCUCCACGCCAUUACUCCCCGGAGCCACAGUGUGUACUCAGUGGAGCUGGGCUCUGAGGAGGCAGACAUUUCUCUGCUCUCCUUAGAAAUGCAGUCUCCCAGUCCAGGCUCUGUGCUCUUUGUACUGGGAAAGGGCCGAUGAUUCGGUAGGUUUAUUGGAGACACUUCUUUCCCACGGUGUGGGGAGCUUUAGCUCUUACUUUGCUUUUGAGUUAUCAUCCCUUUGUUCCCCUCUCCUAUCUUUCCUUGACCUUAUAGAUUGAGAGAGACUGACAGAUAACCAGCCGAGGCUAGAGAGGGACAUUUGUGACCAGAGUGCCAAAAGUGACCAGGACUUGGCUCUGAUAGUGUGGGGCGUGGAGUUGGAGAGCAGCAAGCACAAUAUCCCACAGAGGCUGCUUUCCCACACCCCCAGAACCCUGCUCUAGAGGCUCAGGGUCAUUUGCCCAAGAGGCACCCCUCUGACCUAUAGACCUUUCCUUUAGUUUCAUGUUCUUGUUUUUGCUCAAGUUGGGUUUUGAGCCCAUCCAAAAAACUCAGUUGUAGACCUCUUAGCAGGCCCCAAGCAGCCUCCCUCCCCCCAUCAUUCCCUCUGCCUCCUGCUGCCACAACAGGCAGUGCUCUGAGCAGUGACUUCUCUUUCAUCCAUGGAAAUAGUUGGUGUGGACACCUUUACCCCACCUAACCUGAGUCACCCCCACCAAGAGGAUGACUCUAAAUUUCAGCCUGAUGAUACCCUCCCAGACUCUUGUGGGGUGAAGCCAAGGACCCAUCUCUGUUCCUGUUCGUUUUUAAAUAUUGUUGUGAGUUUUGUAUCUGUGGCGCUGACUUACAGCGUGUUCUGUACAUAUUGUAAAGAAACCGUUUGAAGUAACUCUUUCCCACUGGGCAGGCCUGGCUACACAUUCCUGCCCUUUCCACUUUUUUCUGUAACAGAGAAGAGGACUUCCGUAUUAGCAGGGCAGCCUUGGGUUCUGCAGAAGGGAACAGCUUCUUUUCUUUUUUUUCCUUAUAAAACAUUUGGCUCUUAGACCCUUAUAUUCAAGUCUCCCUUGAAUAGUAGGUGCUGAGCUGCCCAGAAGAGCAGGUGAAAGUGACAAUAGCAGACUGGCCCUCCCUUUUCCUGAUCCCUGAUCCUCCUGGUCUCAGAUCCUUGCCAGGUCCAGUCUUCCCUCCCUGAAAUAGCACGAAGCAGCAGCGAUGGAAGAAACAUGUCCUUGAUGAGUGCUGGAGUGAAGGAUUUGCUGUCCACCUCCAGCCUCUCUGCAUUGGGAGGGGCACAGGUGGGGGUACCUGUGGCACUCAUGACCAAGUCAGAGGGAUGAGACACAACAGCAAGGAUUUCCACCCCACAAGCAAAAGCUGGACAAGUUUGCUGCUAUGGGCCCAGCCUACCAGACCACGGCUCUCCCUGAGCCAGCCUGCCCAAACCUCUUGCUAGACAUCAUUCGACAGGCACCCCGCAGAGAAGCUAGAGGGAGAGAGCCUCGCCCCCAGGUAGGACAGCCACGGCUUGGAGAACUGCUCUCCAGGAUUCACACCCAUUUCUUCCUCAUUUAAGGUUUGUCAGUUCCCUUUUCCCUACCUAUACAUGUAUGUGUACAUGUAUGAAAUUCCCUUCUCUUACCUCACCCUCUCCACACAUCUCAAGGUCAAAGGACCACAUGCAGAAGGGUUAAGGACCUCAUGAAAUGAAACGGUGAUUCUUGAAUCUCUUCUCUCCAGGCUCCAAGGUGGGGAUGGGAGAACUUGGCCUCAGGUGUGGGAGGAUAAGACUGCAGAAGGCCUAAGAGUUAUUGUGUAUGGGCUUUAAGGUCACCCAUGUCACUAAUUAGCCCAUCUACCCUGUCAUCAUCGCAGUGUCUACUCUGAUGCCCCUAAGAUUCAACUGGGCAGCUAGUUGGCCCUGUAAUUCUGGGCCUUUGUUAUUUGUUUUGUUCCUAGGGCAUCCCAGGAAGCUUUCUGGUGAUGCUCUGCCGUGGGGCCCUCCUGGGAUUGAGCCCCUCCCUAGCCCCGUCCCAGCCCCUCCUGCCCCAGCCCACCCGCUUGCCUUGGUGCUCAGCCCCCCACAGGGAGCAGGUUGGGGCGAGCUGGAGGCCCGGGCUGGAGGGGCAGUGUUGCUGUUCAUAGCUUUUGUUCCAUUGGCGUUGCUCUGUUGGAUUUAAUUUCAGUCUUCCUGAUUCUUCCCUUCUGUAAAGUGUACAUUACCAAGUUCCUUGUUUUUUUAUAUAUAUAUAUAAAUAUACAUAUAUAUAUAUAUAUAUAUAUAUAUAUACAAACUGUACUCUUUUUGCCUUUGUACAUUCAGGCAAGAAGAGAAAAUAAAUCUUUUUAAGAGACAAUCACAAAUCUGUGAGGGCUGCUGGUUAUUUCUCCCGGAGUUUGCUGCUGAGCUGCUUCCUCCUUCCUCCUCACCUUUCCGUCCUCCUUCAGCUUUUCUGAUCUUCCCGGUCCUGGUCCUGCUCCUCACGCAUCCUCAGCUCCACCUUCCCUGGCUGAUGGCAAGCUGUUAAACCCAGUGUCCAGACUACCUGCCCUGCAGCCCUUUCCUGCCCAGCAGUUUCCCAGCUUCGCCACUGGCUUACCCAGGAGCUUUAUCCUGUGCCCUGGCCUCUGCUGUCUUGCCCCUUAGAUCCCAUUCACCGAAGUGGCUUUGGACCCCUGGGUACUCUGGGACCUCCCAGAGACCCUGGCUUUGGACACUCACCUGUGAACCUAUGCAGCUGGGAGCUCUCUGCCUAAGAGUUUGCACUGCUUCAACCUGCCUGGGAGUUAAAACCGAUGGUUUUGAUGGGUUUUUUUAAGAAUGAGUGGGAAACUCCCCUGGACACUCUCCCAGAUUCCAGCCUUCAGAGUGCUCUGAUCCAGAGCCGAGAAUCAUUCCUGGCCGGUGGGCUUCUGUGGCCACCACAUCAGAAUAAGUGCUAAGGGUUUACGGGUCAGAGCAUUUGAUAGAAUUUCAAAGGGUGGUACAUUGUGGAACAGUCCAACCAAACAAUUGUUCCACCUCUUGAACUUGCUCCGUUCCCUGAUUUCCUCUCCCCUCCACCCCCCCCCCUACCUUUUCCCCCUUUCUCUCUACUUUUCUUAAUUGGCUUUGGAUUGAAGUAUAUUUUUUAAAUUAUUUGUUGUAUUUAUUGAAUAAAGUUUUUAAUGUCCCUGUUCUUAAA